AGAGUUUGAACCUUCGAAUAAACUAAUUAGUAUUAUAAUCGCAAAGCUACGAGUCCAGUUCGGCGGUUUGUCCGUUUCUAAGUCCGUCUGUGCGGCCAAGCUGUGGGUGGACGCCGUUAGCCGCCGCUGCUAACGUUAGCUGGGGUUUCUGUCAGGUUUGGACCUACAAAGCGCCCCGUUUUACGCCGCUGUUGCCCAUUAAACCCCUUUAAGGCGUUUUCUCGAGUGUUUUCGGCUUGUUGUGAUGCCAAACGGCGUGUUUUGCUUUGUUUAUGGGCGCGUUUUUAUAUAUUAGGUUAGCGCCGUCGAGCGUUGGUCAGUCAGCCUAGCGUUAGCGGUUAGCGGUUAGCAUCGCGUUUUAUUUUCCUGUUUAAUUAUUUUUUAUUUAAUUAGCUGCAGGAUAAACUCCGUGACUGCUGUGGCGGGGAAUAAUUAGGCUCCACAGAAAGGAAGGUUAUUGAUUGAAGAGAUGGAUCCGAGCAGACCACCUGGGGCCACGCGGAUGCCCUGGCUCCAGCCAGCUGGAGGUCGCGGGUUUCCUGCGGAUCAGCCUCCUGUGGGUCGAGUCCGAGGCUUGGCCGUAGCUGCGGAAGAGCUGGAUGCUGGGAGAGGUCGAGGUAGAGCUUCCGAAACCCCAGCGUUGCCAUACAGGAGAGGGAUACCGCUUCCAGCCACGGAGCCUCGGUCCCUGCCUCCGGUGGGCUUUGCGAGGGGAGUGCCAGCGCCGGGGGAAGAACAGAGGCUGGGAAGAGCGAGAGGGUUUCUGCUGUCUUCUCUUCUGCCUCCGGUUGGAAUAGGUAGAGGGCUGUCUCUGUUUGUGGAACCUCCUGCAGAGCCUGCGCCUCCCGUUAAGAGAGAGACGGUGCCGUUACCUGCACCCGAGGCCACGCCCGGUCCACAGGAGGUGAAAAGGGAAGAACCCCCUCUGCCAGUUCAGGUUGAUGUCCCAGGUCCAGGAUCGUCAUUGUUGUCCAUGAUGAGAGGAAUGGGCAUUGAGCCGGCCAAAACAUGGGGCAGAGGAGCGGUUUCUGUUGGGCGCGGUUCAGUAGGUGAGUUCGCACCGCCUGUCGGGUCUCCAUCGGUUGCUGGAGAAGAAACCGCCCCUGAAGGUGUGAUGCUGCGUGGAACCAGCUUUGUGGGCCGUGGACUGAUUGGAGCUGGACGAACUGCGAUGCCUCCUGUUGGUUUCGGCAGAGGUCCGACAGUCUCACCUGCACUUGCUCCUGGUCCUGAUGCCCCCUCCGCUAUCCCAGUCACCCCUAAAGAUGCGCCGCCCGUCUCUGCGGAUGUCCCGGUGACCCCAGGGAGCAGCCAGGCUAAAGCAGAGCUGAAGAUGGAAGCUGCAUGCGAACCGCGGAAGAAGGCGGGAACGAAGGGGAACCCUGUCGUCAUCGGCUCCAACUACAUCCCGAUCCACUGCAAAAACGAAGCGGUGUUCCAGUAUCACGUCGCUUUCACUCCGAAUGUGGAGUCGCUCAGCAUGCGGUUUGGAAUGAUGAGGGACCAUCGCUCAGCUACAGGAGAAGUGGUGGCCUUCGACGGCUCCAUCCUUUACCUGCCGAAACGACUCGAAGAGGUUGUUCACCUGAAAUCGGAGAGGAGGACGGAUAAUCAGGAAAUCGACAUAAAAAUCCAGAUGACCAAAAUCCUGCCCCCACACUCGGACCUCUGUAUUCCCUUCUACAACGUGGUCCUGCGGAGAGUGAUGAAGAUUUUGGGGCUGAAGCUGGUGGGAAGGAAUCAUUAUGAUCCAAACAGUGCUGUUGUUCUUGGAAAGCACAGGCUGCAGGUUUGGCCCGGCUACGCCACCUGUAUUAAACGCACAGACGGUGGGCUGUACCUCAGUGUGGACGUGUCGCACAAAGUGCUGCGGAACGACUCGGUUCUAGACGUCAUGAACGUGAUCUACCAGCAGAGCCGAGAGAGCUUUCAGGACGAGUGCACCAAGGAGUUCAUCGGCGCCAUCGUAAUCACACGCUACAACAACCGCACCUACCGCGUCGACGACAUCGAGUGGUCCAAAUCCCCCAAAGACGCCUUCACCAUGGCAGACGGUUCCAAGAUGACCUUCAUCGACUACUACAGGAAGAACUACGGCAUCACGAUAAAAGAAGUGGACCAGCCCAUGCUGGUCCAUCGUCCGAAGGAAAGGUCCAGACCUGGAGGAAAGCAGGUGAUAACCGGAGAGAUUCUGCUGCUGCCUGAGCUCUCCUUCAUGACCGGCAUCCCCGAGAAAAUGAGGAAGGACUUCAGAGCCAUGAAGGAUCUGACGAUGCACAUUAACGUGAGUGCGGAGCAGCACACGCACUCCAUAAAGCAGCUCCUGCAGAACAUCAGCACCAAUCCAGAGGCUCUCCAUGAGCUCUCGCGCUGGGGCCUGGAGAUCAGCCCCGAGAUACUGGUGACCCAGGGGAGGACUCUGCCCAUGGAGACCAUCUGCCUGCAGUCGGCAUCUUUCAUCUCGUCCCCGUCCGUGGACUGGUCCAGAGAGGUGGUCAGAGACUCCUCCAUCAGCACUAUCCCUCUCUACUGCUGGGCUGUUUUCUACCCCCGCCGGGCUGCGGAGCAGGCCGAGGAGCUGGUGGCCAUGUUCGGGAAGGUGGCGGGACCCAUGGGAAUGAGACUGGACCGGCCAAUCCGCAUGGAACUCCGGGACGACCGGACGGAGACCUACGUCAAGAGCAUCCACUCCCAGCUGACCAGCGAGCCGAACGUGCAGCUGGUGGUGUGUAUAAUCACGGGAAACCGAGAUGACCUGUACAGCGCCAUCAAGAAGCUCUGCUGUGUCCAGAGUCCGUGUCCCUCACAGGCCAUCAACGUCCGGACCAUCGCGCAGCCUCAGAAGCUUCGCAGCAUUGCUCAGAAGAUCCUCCUGCAGAUCAACUGCAAGGUGGGAGGGGAGCUGUGGACCGUCAGUGUUCCUCUGAAACACCUGAUGGUGAUCGGAGUGGACGUCCAUCACGACACCAGCAAGAAGAGCCGGUCUGUGAUGGGAUUCGUGGCGAGUCUGAACAGUCUGCUGACGAGGUGGUACUCCAGAGUCACGUUCCAGAUGCCCCACGAGGAGAUCAUUAACGGCUUCAGAGUGUGUUUGCUGGCCGCCCUGCAGAAAUAUUACGAGGUGAACCACAGCUUCCCGGAGAAGAUCGUGAUCUACCGGGACGGAGUAUCGGACGGUCAGCUCAAAACCGUGGAGCUUUAUGAGAUUCCUCAGAUCCUGAAAUGUUUCGAGACGUUUCCGAACUACGAGCCGAAGAUGACCUUCAUCGUGGUGCAGAAGAGAAUCAAUACGACGCUGUACUCAUACGAAGGAGAUCGAUUCGGAACGCCGCCACCAGGAACGGUGCUCGACCACACCGUCACGAACAGAGACAGGGUGGAUUUCUACCUCAUGGCUCACUCGAUUCGUCAAGGCUGCGGGUUCCCCACCCACUACAUCUCCAUCUACAACACGGCUAACCUCACUCCGGACCACCUGCAGAGGUUGACGUUCAAAAUGUGCCACCUCUACUGGAACUGGCCUGGAACGGUCCGCGUCCCGGCGCCGUGCAAAUACGCUCACAAGCUGGCCUUCCUGUCGGGCCAGUACCUGCAUUCAGAACCAGCCAUCCAGCUCGCGGAAAAACUGUUCUUUCUGUGAAGGAAGCAAGACGACCAGAGUUUCUACGUUUGGUUAAGCACUAAAAAAAAAAGCAGCCGGGCCUUUAACUGUAAUUAAGCCCUGAGGUCUGGUACUGUCAGGUCUAAUGUUCGUUUCAGUUCAGGUUUGUUUCAGGUUUGUGUAGAACAUUAAAGUGUGUUUGUUCAUAAAUCUUGAA